CAUUCUUCUUCCACACUCCCAUUCUUCUCCGUCAUCAUCAUCACAGAGAGAGAGAGAGAGAGAGAGAGAGAGAGAGAGAGAGAUGGCAGCAGUACUACUACUGCGAUUGGGGUUUCAGAUAAUUCUCUUAUCAUGCUCAGUCUAUGCAUUCGCACAAGCAGCAAGUAUAACCAAAAGUCCAUCAUGUCCAGAAAGAUGCAGUGGGAAUGAUGUUAAAAUUCCGUACCCAUUUGGAAUAGGUGCUGGUUGCUAUAUUUCCAAAUGGUUUAAAAUCGUAUGUAAUCAAAGUGAUACUUUCAACGGUAAACCCAAACCUUUCUUAAGCAAGUUCAACCUGGAGGUGCUAGAGAUCAUCAUUCUAUCAGAUGUUAACAUAGUUCGGGUCAACUAUCCGGUAUUUACGAGUUGUGCUGAUAAUGUAAGCACCAUAUCCAAAGACGAGUUAGCAGGAAGUCCAUUUGUCUUCUCCAGCGCGUACAACUCUUUCGUUGCCAUGGGUUGCAACAACUCUGCCUCAAUGUGGUCCGAAGAUGAGAAAGUCUCACCCGGUGCAGUGUGCCAGUCCCCUUGCGAUCACCAAAGAAUAUCAUCAAGAAAUGGAAAAAUUAUAAGGUUAUGGGACACUGACUGCUGCGUGACAUCAAUCACCACAGAUGUCCAUUCAUUCACUUCAAAAAUAGAGCCAAGAGCUCAUUCCGAGAUGAAGUUGAAGAAUGGAUCAUGCAGGUAUGCAUUCUUGGUAGAAAACUCGUGGCUUGGGAAGAAAUUCAAAAUUCCGACCCCAAAUGCGUACUUCCCACUGCCAGUGGUACUGGAAUGGGGGAUUGAUAAUCCUUCAAACACUUCGCUUCCAAAUAGACGCUCGGAUUCAUCAAUUAGAUGUGUCAGCAGCCCUUAUCCUUCUUUUAAUCGAGGCCGUACUUACACAUGUUCGUGCCAUGACGGCUUCAGUGGAAAUCCCUAUCUUCAUAAAGGAUGUCAAGAUAUUGAUGAAUGUGCAAACUCAGACCUUAACAAUUGUGGUAAUGAAACACGUUGUGAAAAUACUGUGGGGUCUUAUAACUGUAUACCAGUUCAUAGGAAUGCCAGGUAUGCCAUCAUUAUAGGAAUUAGUACAAGCCUUGGGCUAGUAGUAAUGCUUAUCGGUGGAUGGUGGUCCUACAGAGUAGUAAAUAAAAGAAAGAUGUUUAAGCAAAAGGAGAAGUUCUUUAAGAGGAAUGGUGGACUUUUGUUACGACAACAAUUAUCUUCGAAUGAAAUCAAUGUUCAGACCACUAAAUUGUUUGAUUCAAAGGAGUUGGAGAAGGCCACUGACCGGUUUAAUGUAAACAGAAUGCUUGGCCAAGGAGGACAAGGUACAGUUUACAAAGGCAUGCUACCAGAUGGAAGCAUUGUUGCCGUAAAAAAGUCCAAGAUAAUUGAUGAAAGAAAGCUUGAAGAAUUCAUUAAUGAAGUUGUUAUUCUUUCACGAAUUAACCAUAGAAAUGUGGUUAAACUACUUGGUUGUUGUUUGGAGACAGAAGUUCCUCUACUCGUUUAUGAGUUCAUUCCUAAUGGAACUCUUUCCCAAUAUCUCAAUAACCAAAAUGAGGAGUUUCCCCCAACAUGGGAUAUGCGCUUACAAAUUGCCACAGAUAUUGCCGGAGCUCUCUUCUACUUGCACUCAGCAGCUUCAUCACCCAUUUACCAUCGAGAUAUCAAGUCUACAAACAUACUUUUAGAUGAAAAGUAUAGAGCUAAAGUAGCAGACUUUGGGACUUCAAGAUCUGUUGCAAUUGAUCAAACCCAUCUGACCACACAAGUACAAGGGACUUUUGGAUACUUGGAUCCUGAGUAUUUUCAAACUAGUCAAUUUACAGAAAAAAGUGAUGUUUAUAGUUUUGGCGUUGUCCUCGUUGAGCUAUUAACGGGAGAAAAAGCAAUCUCUUCAAUAAGAACAGAAGAUACCAAAGGUUUAGCCUCAUUUUUCAUUCGUUCAAUGGAAGAAAACAAUUUGUUUGAUAUUCUUGAUGAUCGAGUUUUGAAAGAAGGUGAAAAAGAGGUUGUUGUGGUUGCAAAUCUUGUGAAAAGGUGCUUGAACUUGAGCGGAAAGAAAAGACCUACGAUGAAAGAAGUUUCAAUGGAGUUGGUGGCCGUUCAAACAAUGAGAAAAGGCAUUUCUAACCUUGACCAGCAAAAAUAUGAAGAGGUUGAAAAUGUUAGAACUGAAAUGUACGAGCAAUGGGUUGGUUCUACAUCAACAACGUUAACAUCAUGUGCGGAUGGUGGUGAUCAUGGCCAUCCUUUACCAAUUUCUUCUUAAUCGGGGAACAAAAAACAAUUGUGUUAUAAUUAUAUAUAUAUAUAUAUAUAUAUAUAUGUAUAUAUUUUUUCAUCUUGUAGGGUACGACAUGGCUUUCGUUUUCUAGUGUUGAUGAGUACUGUCAUUUAAGAAUUGGUAUCCAUUGAAGACAAGUUGUAAAUUAUAUUUUUUGGAAAAUUAUGUUAGGUAUUGCGCUAUAAUCCUAUUUCCAUCGAUUGCACCACUCUAGUGUGGUGUGUGUGUAUUACCUAUCAACCAGUAGUACUAGAUCAUCCAGCCAUAUAUUAUUUUUUUUGUU